GCUUGCGUAUUAAUAGCCCGUGCCCGAGCGCGGCAGCCUUCGCGGGGUCGGCGCUCAGAGGGGCUCCCGUGCACCGAGGAAGGCACCGCGUACCGCCGCAGCGGACAGGGUCCAGCAUGCCACAGUACAAGCUCACCUACUUCAACCUGCGGGGACGAGCAGAGAUCAGCCGCUACCUCUUUGCCUAUUCGGGCAAGAAGUACGAAGACCACAGGAUAGAAGCAGCAGACUGGCCCAAAAUCAAGCCAACUAUCCCAUUUGGCAAACUCCCUAUUCUGGAAGUAGAUGGAGUUAUCAUUCACCAGAGCCUGGCAAUAGCAAGAUACCUUGCCAGAGAAGCAGGUCUGGCAGGCCAGACACCUGUGGAACAGGCUUUAGCUGAUGCCAUUGUGGACACCAUCGAUGAUUUCAUGACGCUGUUCCCUUGGGCAGAGAAAAACCAGGAUGUGAGAAAAAAAGCAUUUGAUGAUAUCCUCACCAACAAAGCACCUGAGCUACUGAAAGAUUUGGAUACUUUCUUAGGGGAUAAGAAGUGGCUGGUAGGGAAUUCUGUAACAUGGGCUGAUUUCUAUUGGGAUGUGUGCAGUACAACACUUCUGUCCUGUAAGCCUGACCUGGCAGACAAAUACCCCAGGCUUUUGGCUCUCAGGGAGAGAGUGCAAGCACUGCCGGCUAUUGCAGCCUGGAUCCAGAAAAGGCCGAAGAGUGUAAUGUAGAUCAGCUGUUCAGAGAAACAAAUGCUCGUUUAGUUUUCAAUUUGACAAUCAUCCUAAGUUAUUAACUUCCGAAUCAUUUAAAUUAACUUCAAAUGACUAUGCUGUAUCAAGUCAAAAUCAACCACUUGUAUCCACUUGUAAGAGAAUCUAAAAUACCAAUUUAGUAGAGUAAUAAAUAUUGAUUCACAGAA